AUCAUUGUGAUCGCUCUUCUUACUUCACGCGACACGCAAUUCAUAUUUUUUCUUCAAGGACAGAGAAACUUAGAUAUUCCGAUCGAAAGGGAAAGAAAUUUAAGUAUUUCUUUUGAAUAAUUUUCUUUUUAAAUUUCAACGAGGAAUGUACAAAUAAAUACUAUUCAUUUUUUCGCGUCUUUGCGAACGAAAAUUACUUCGAAAUUUUAUUUUAACGAUCUGAUUUUAACUAAAUAUAGAUAGAGCACGCUUCACCUUGAAAUAUCGUGAAAGUCGAGGGACAGAUCUAGAGAUUGCGUUUAGGUCAGUCGCGAAGAAAACGCAGGAGAAUUCGCACGAAUUAAUUCUAAGUUUUCACGCGUAUUUACGCAUAUACACAUAUACAUACACGUAUAUAUACAUACAUACAGUCAUCCCUCUCAGGCAUGCGCAACGUUAACGGCUGGUCAGCGUUAUUGAGUGGCCGCCGAGCGUUAAAAGCAUAUAUAGCAAUAUAUGUAGUAUAUACGUAUAUGAACAACCCCCCACUAUUCGAGGUCUAUAUCGUUCGAUUCUAAGGACAUUGUCCAGUCUCUGAACUCUCACGAACGAUUUCAAGCCGGUCAGUAUCGGCGCGAACCUUGGCUGAGAUACUUUUCUUAUUCUUUUUCUCUCGGUGAGCAUUUGUGUCUUCUCGUUUAUCAAGAAAUACUAGAGAUUUUUUCAUGGAAAAGAAAAGAAACUAAAGAAAGUACUAUCGUAGCCGAUACAUUUGAAUUAUAGACGAGGUUGAUACAGCGUAGGAAGUCGAGCUUAUACAACAGACUUCUGUAUUGAGUCUUCUUUCGUUUGAAACCUUAGCUUUUCUGGUAGGGAGAGAGAGAGAGAGAGAGAGAGAGAGAGAGAGAGAGAGAGAGAGAGAGAGAAAGAGAGAGAGAGCAUAACGGUAAACCAAUGAGUAAUAAAAAUAAAGAUCAUUUUGAAAAUCAUCGAAUUCCUGCGACGUCUCGAAGGGAGAGGACAUUGAUUUUCUAAUUUAAAGGCCGCCGAAAGGACAAUGCGUCCUGCAUACGUCGAGACAUGAAGAUGAAGAGCACGAAUUAGUGAUCUCUUCGCCAUGCCAACUGGAAUUUCAUCAAUGUUGGCGCCAACCGCAAACGUUGGAUCGUUUAAUAAUGAGGGAAAAAAUUCGGGAGCUUUUACGAUCCUUCAAAGAGACGGUUUAGACUCGAGCUUACCUCUCUUACAUGUCAACGACGACGAAGAGACGUAUUCAGUUUCGAAAUUGACUAGAGUGGAGAACGUAAAGAACGAUCUGUAUGCUCGUAGACGUCUCUGUAAGUCAAACGAGCAUUUGCUUUUGGCGAGUCUCCAAUGUAAUCAGGCUAAUCCGUUACGGAAGAAACAGUAUACGAAGAGUCAGAACGAUCUCGAGGACGAAGAGAAACGUCGGAGGAGGGAGAACAAGGAGGAGAAUGUGGAGAACGAAGAAAAGAAAGGACAAAGAACUAGUAUUCCUCUUUCAACGGAAGAUUUCAACGAGGUACUCAACGCUAAAUUGAGGAAGAUCCAAGAGGACGAGGAAUCUAUGCAAAAGUAUCGAGACUCGAGAAGGAACGAGUCGAUUUCUCAGCAACGAAGAAAACCAUUCAUUACUACGGUUAAGUGCGGAGAGUUUCUAAUGCCACCACCGGAAGUAGCAGCACUUCUUGGCAUCGGUCCGAUCACGAACACUCAGGAUAUUGUCGGAAGAACAAUAGGUGGUAUUCCUCAGGGUGAGGUAAUUGAUAAUUGGCAAGGUCCUUCCCGUUCCAAAUUGAGACCUCUGGUGUCAUUCGGCAAGAAACCAGAAGUGCGUCAUAGCAAACAUAAGGCGAGAUGUCAAGCGGCAGCCCUCAAGGCCACCGUUGAUUUCGCACUUGACAAGACCAAUGCGACUACCCUAGCCUCCUAUUCUUGCUCCGAGGAACAUGCUAGGAGAAACAGGAGGUCUCCGAUCAUCGUAGACGGGCUAUUACCAACGACGCCGCGAGGUUUACCGACAAAGUUGGAACCGAUCAAGGGCGCGAUGCUGAAUAAGCUGCCUGGCCUUCGCGGCUGUGAUCAAACGAUUCCUUUCGGGAAUAUCAUGUACGAUCGCCGAGUAAUUCGUGGGAGCACCUUUGCAGUCCCUCCUGCCCUCAUCGAUGGAGAACAAUCGAUAGCGGCAAGGCAAGCGGAAGCAAGAAGAAGGCAUCUGGCAAGAAAAAGGGCGCAAGCUCAAAUUUGCAAAGUUAUAAGAUCGGGCUCGCCACCACCAGUCGCUGGCCGGAAGCACGAACCGGUCCAAACUGAAUUUUAUCUCGAGGAACUAUUCGAGAAACCGGACGAAUUCGAGGUCAGCACACAAACCGAUUAUUUUUUGGAUCGACCGGCUACGCCGAAGUACUGUCCUGCAAAAACCGGCGAGGAUGUCUCUACACAAAUUGAACCAGGAGACCUCUUCGACUUCGAUCUCGAAGUACAGCCUAUUCUUGAAGUAAUCGUUGGUAAGACUAUCGAGCAAGCUUUGAUCGAGGUCUUAGAGGAGGAAGAAAUUGCGGCUCUACGUGAACAACAAAGAAGAUUCCGGGAAUUGCGAGCUGCUGAAAGAGCCGAGGCAAAGAGAUUGAAAGAACAAGAGAGAAGACUUCGAGAAGAGAAAGAUUUCUGCUUGAGGCAGCACGAGGAAGCAGUGAAAAUUCAAAAAGAAACAGAAGAUCGUGUCGCCGUUGCCGUAUUACUUACUGGAUAUAUCGCCGAACUUUUGCCGGCCGUUCUAGAAGGUUUAAAAAUGUCUGGAUUCCUACUGGACGAGAUCAAAGCAGAUGUCGAAGAAGGUUUCAUGCCAUGGUUGAUGAAAGAAGUUAAAAAGGAGAUGGGUAACAUGAUCGAAAGCAGAGAGUUGCUAAUGGAAAUCAUCAAAGAAAUAUUGGAGAACAGGGCCGAAACGUAUAGAAAAUUAGGCGAGGAGUACGACGCUUCCAGAAGAAGAAUAUCCGAUGAUCAUUUAGAAGAUGGUGGUCGAGAUAUAGAUUUUCUUAAUUAUGAACCACCUUUCUUGUAGAAAAACAAUCUUAUUCGAACGAUAAAUUGUCGAUCGGUUUCGCGUUCUUUUUAUUGGAUUAUAACCAAAACCAGCAGAAGCAUAUAAUUAUAUGAACAAAAAUCAAGAUCUGUUUCGACGUUCUGUACCUAUUGAAUAUCAUAGUUAAGACAUAUGAACGAAACAGGUAGAAUUUCUAUUGUGAAAAGAGGUGUGUGUGUGUGUGUCUGUGUGUGUGUGUGUGUAUGUGUGUGUACGCGCGUGCUCUGAUUAAAUACUCAAAAGGACUCGGCCUUGUUGUUAAACUCGUUAAUUGUACACUUUGUUCGAGGCAUUUUACUUUAUUUUGGAUUUAGAGGCACUCGCUAGCGCUGGAUCUAUCUCUUGCUCUUCGUAUAAGAAUGUAGCUUCUUUUAUUAAACAGUGUACGAUAGCUUUCCGACAAAUCCAUCUCCAUCGAUAGUUUCCAUUCCCUGGUAGAGAAUACCGUCGAAACGAUAGAAAACAACGACAGUUACUAAUACGGAGAGCUAGAUUGUUUUCUUAAAAAUUAAUUAUUAUUUAUUCUUCUUCUCUUUCGUCUUAUCGAUCAUUUGUUAAAGAUAUUGUAUCAUGCACAUUUUUAUCCCCUUAUUUUUUUUAAGUAAAAAAUGGGCAACUUUCCUGCCGUGGGCUACACGAUACGAAAUUCACUAUCUCUAAAAAAAAAAAAAAAAAAAAAAAAGAAGAAGAAAAAGAAGAGAAAAAAAAUAAAAAUAAGCUUAGAAGGCAUGGCAGAGUCAAAUAAUGGGGAAGGAAUGUCUUCUCCCGGAGUAAGUAAAGGCAAGUAAAGGUGCGGGCCAUGUGGCCUCUUGGCCGCCCCAGUUGUCCACCUCUGCUUUAUAAUUUAGCUUAAUAUUCGAUAAUGUAUAAUUGCAUAAUGGCCGUUGUAUUAUUUAGAGGACUUCUACUUGAUUUGUUAUUUAUUUUCGCCGAAUUAUCGUCGUCUUGCGCGAGCGGUAAUAGGCAAUGUUUCUUAUGCUGGCUGUUUCUUGAUUAGAAUUAAGCAGAAAAAAAACUAAUUUACUUUUUCUAUAAUGACGUACGAACGAACAUAAAUAUACAUAUUUAUAUUUGAAGAAAAUUAUCGAAGAAGAUGAACAUUAUUGAUUGUAACAAAAGAAUGGGUAUAGUAUAAAAGGGUUAUAAGCAUGUCAAUUGUUUGGAUAAGCUUCAUGCUGAGAGAGGAAAAUAGGAGUUAACUAACGAUGG